CCAUUCCGUUGCCACGGGCGACCACACAAUGCCUUCCCCUCCCGCCCCUCCGUGGAACGCCCCAGCGCCGCCCGCCCGCCGAGGGGCUCGCUGCCUGUGACGUCACCGGCGGGCGGGCUCGCUCCUCUCUUUCUGAUUGGCUGUUGAAGACGUCCGUUAGGACGUGCGGCCCUUUCCGCGUGCGCCGUGAGAGUGGGCGUCGCUGCGGGGGUUUGUGGUAGGGGCUUCCAGGCCGGGCACCAGCCGCGCCCUGCCCCUUCCAUCUGGGGUUCGGGGUACGGUCGCCCCUGGUGGGCGGCUCCCGAAUCUUGAAGAAGAGCUCGAGAACUCGGACCACCCGAGAGCUGCAGAGCCGCUCUGGGCAGGCAGGAAGAUGGCGGCGGCUUCUGUGUCUGCGACUUCUGAUUCUCAGUUCUCGAACAUGUUAACUGAACCAUCAAGGUCUAGUGGAAGUAUGGUUCGACGUUCUUCAUCUGCAUAUGUAGUAUAUCCACCCGACAAGCCUUUCCUCAACAGUGACCUGCGACGCUCCCCAAAUAAGCCUACAUUUGCCUAUCCAGAAAGCAACAGCAGAGCUAUAUUUUCUGCUCUGAAGAAUCUUCAAGAUAAGAUUCGACGUUUGGAACUUGAAAGGAUUCAGGCAGAAGAAAGUGUGAAAACCUUGUCUAAAGAAACAAUUGAGUACAAGAAAGUACUGGAUGAACAGAUACAAGAAAGGGAAAAUUCCAAAAAUCAGGAAUCAAAACACAAUCAAGAACUGACAUCCCAAUUGUUAGCUGCAGAAAAUAAAUGUAAUCUUUUAGAAAAACAGUUGGAAUAUAUGCGCAAUAUGAUAAAGCAUGCAGAAAUGGAGAGAACAUCUGUCUUAGAGAAACAGGUCUCCCUAGAAAGAGAACGACAGCAUGAUCAAACACAUGUUCAGAGCCAACUGGAAAAACUGGAUCUUCUUGAACAAGAGUAUAACAAGCUUACCACAAUGCAGGCUCUUGCUGAAAAAAAAAUGCAAGAGUUGGAAGCAAAACUUCACGAAGAAGAACAGGAAAGAAAACGUAUGCAAGCCAGGGCAGCUGAGUUGCAGACUGGUCUGGAAACAAGUAGACUUAUCCUUGAUGAUAAGACAACUUCAUAUGUUCCCAGUGGGAGAAGAAUUAAAAAGAAGAAACCAAAACCUCCAGAAAAGAAAAGUCCUAGGAACUACCUUGGAACACAGCCACAUUAUAGAUUAUGUUUGGGUGACAUGCCAUUUGUAGCUGGAAAGUCAACGAGUCCCAGUCAUGCUGUGGUGGCCAACGUUCAGCAUGUCCUGCAUCUACUCAAACAGCACAGUAAGGUUCUGUGCAACGAUCGCGUAGUCAACAGUGUGCCUUUGGUGAAACAGAUGUCGCCACGAGGCAUUCGAAGUAAGAAGUCGGUCACCCCUCCCUCCUGCAGCAUUCAUGAAGAGUUGUCAGAAGUCUUACAGACUUUACAGGAUGAAUUUGGGCAAAUGAGCUUUGAUCACCAGCAACUUGCAAAACUCAUCCAGGAGUCACCAACUGCUCAGCUAAAAGAUAACUUGGAGUGUGAACUAGAGGCAUUAGUGGGAAGGAUGGAGGCAAAAGCCAAUCAAAUAACUAAAGUUCGAAAGUACCAAGCCCAGGUGGAGAAGCAGAAGACAGAGAAACAAAAGAAGGAAUUAAGAUCCACGAAGAAGACUCUUGAAGAAGAUGGAAGCAGCAGCAACCGAACUGGAAUCACAGGGAACACAAAUAAGAAGGAUUAUACCAAAUUAAGACCUGGAGAAAAAAGCAGGAAAAAUCUUCAGUUAUUGAAGGACAUGCAAACCAUACAGAAUUCAUUACAAAGUGGUGAUUUGUGUUGGGAUUACUGACUAUCAGGUCAUAAAUUUUAUUAAGAUAAUAAGUACCUCAUCAAUCAGAUGUUGACAGUUAAUUUUCUAGGUCACAUAUUCGCUUAUGUUGGAAUUAGUGAAUAGCAAGUGUUAAGAGGCUCCAGCUUCAUUACAUAGACCUGUUCUGUUUUUUUGCAGCCUCAAUAAAUGUUAACAUUUCAGUGGAAGCCAAGGGAAUUUUGAAGCUUCAGAAAACACACAUUACUGUUUCUUGAAGAUGAAUUUGCUGUACUCAUGCAUUGUACUUUGUAAACAAAUCGCCAGUUUUUUACUUGUGGGUGUAAUUUUUAAAACUAGUUUUUAUAUAUAAAUAAAGUUGGGUUUAAGUUUUCAAAAAUACGAGGCUGUCUCAAAGACGAUGUUUGCUAAAUAGUCUUUUUUUAAUCCUUCCCUUACUGAAUUUGCCCACUUCCUAUUCCCCCUAUAACUAAUAGCGUACUUUGACUAUUGAUAUUUCUUGUAUUUAAUUAUUUAUGUAUAUUUAAGCAACUUGUUUUGGUUUCUUUCUGGCGUUUUGUUGAUCCACUAUAAUGAAACUGAUCAACAUUAAAGCAAUUUGUAUUGCUUUUUAAUCCACUAUUUAAAUAUUUUUUAAAGACCUAAGCAAUCAUUUUAAGUCAGUUACCUCUAAAACUUAAGAAGCAUUUUACAAUAUAAACUGUGAAUGAAAUUUUGUAAUGAGAAUGAGAUGUGAAACAUAGUCAUAAGCUUUUUUAAAUGAUGAUUUUGUAAUCAUGUUAUUGAGUCAAGGUAUUAUGGUUCUUAAGCUUGUAGAGAACCUCUUGAAUAUUUGCUUUUAUGGGUACACAGUUUGAGUGCAUUAUGAACUGUACACCCAAAUUAUGUCAAUGUAAAUCAUAUAUUUGAACAGAUUGUUAGACCUGUUAACAUUUUAUAAGUUUGUCACUGAAGUCAAUAAAACAGCCUUUUUAAGGAAACAAACUUUCCUUAAUAA